AUGAAUGGACCGCCGUCAACGCCAGAAAGAUGUUCAUCGAAGGACGGUUCUAAUAUACCUUCUCCAACCCAGCAGGGUUCAAGUUCACCAAAAUACAAACCAAGGCAGUCGAUAAGAUUGAAUCCAGAAGAUGUACAGAGUAUAAACAGAAGAAGGUCUCUCACGCCCAGUACUGAAAAUAGAAGCUCAACUCAUAUGACAUUCUUUUACAAAGAAAACCUGAAAGAACUGAAUAGAUUGCAAGAAGAGUUGUCCAGAAAAAAGAUCAAGUUGAAUACCGCACAGGAUGAGAUGAACUCGUUGAAAAGCAAAGUGGAAACUGUAGAGUUCAAAAUGAACAAUUUGAAAGAGGAGAAACAAGUGAAAGUACGACAAAUCGGGUUAAAGCAGAAUGAAUUGAAUAGCAUGGAUCAAGAUCAUGAAUUGAAGUUAGAGUUUAUGAGAAACGGAUUUGAUCUAGAAAUAAAGAAGAUAGAGGGAAAAUACCACUGUGAAAUGAAUGAAACAGAGUCGAAAUUCAAAUUUGAAGUGCAGCAGAUUGAAUUUGAAAAGAUUCAAAAGUUUAAACAAGAAAAGGAACAUUUAUUGAAGGACAUACAUAACUUAAACGAUGAGGUAAAUAAUAAUGACAAUGUCAUUAACCAAUUAAAGGAAGAACUUGAUAAGAAAUACUCAAAUCUUAAAGAGAAGUGGAUGGUAGAGUUUCAGACGGAAUGGAAGAAUAUCACAGAAGCUAAUCAGUCCAUGAUUAAGGAUAUCAACAAGUUAAGUCAAGAUAUAGAAAAUGACAUGACUAAUGAAUUGGAUCAAUCUAAAGACAAACGUAACAUUUUAGAAAAGGAGCUAGCAAAAUUGGAAGAGAAGCUUAAUGAGAAGAAUGUAUUCAAGGAAUCUAUUACUGUGCAAAUAGACACUGUCGAAGAAGAAAUAGAGCAAACUAUCAGUCAACGGAAAGAACUCAAUGAGUAUAUCACUAAUUCCAAAAACGAACUUUUACAAAUCAAUGAAAUACUGAUAAAAGAGGAGACAAUGCGUCGUAAGCUUCAUAAUGAACUACAGGAGCUGCGAGGAAAUAUCAGAGUAUACUGUAGAAUAAGACCGCCUUUAGAAAACGAAGUGCAGGAUAUAUCGCACAUUCAUGUAUCUAACUUUGAUAAUAGAAAUGGAUCGCAAGCAAUAGAGAUAAGCAAUGAAGAUAGGAACAGCAGAUUCUUAUUUGACAAAGUAUUCAGCUCUAAUGCAUCAAAUCGAGACGUUUUCGAAGAAGUUGGCCAGUUGAUUCAGAGUUCACUGGAUGGCUAUAAUGUUUGCAUAUUCGCUUAUGGUCAAACUGGUUCUGGAAAAACUUAUACUAUGAUGAACGAUCCUGAUGGUGUAAUACCAAUGACAUUAGAUCAUAUCUUUGACUGGACGCACCUCUUGAAGGAAAGAGGAUGGGAUUAUUCAUUUGAGGCUCAAUUUAUCGAAAUUUACAACGAACAAAUCGUUGAUCUUUUGAGAUCUUUAAAUCCCGAACCAGGUCCGACAAAAUACGAAAUACGACACGAUGGGGACUCUCAAAGAACCUCAAUUACCAAUGUCACGUCCAUAAAACUAGAAACACGUGCGAGAGUGAAUACUGUCUUGAGAACAGCUAAUAAAACGAAGUCGAUUGCCGCCACAAAUUCAAAUGAACGCUCAUCAAGAUCACAUAGUGUGUUUACCAUUAGAAUCCAUGGAACUAAUAGUAUUACUGGAGAAGCUAGUGAUGGUGUCCUAAAUUUAGUAGAUUUGGCGGGAUCUGAAAGAAUUGAUACUUCAAAUGUUACAGGUGACAGACUUCGAGAAACACAGAACAUCAACAAAUCAUUAAGUUGUUUAGGCGAUGUGAUUUAUGCACUCAACGGAAAAGAUAUGAAACACAUUCCAUUCAGAAAUUCAAAGCUAACAUAUUUACUACAGUAUUCAUUAAUUGGUGACUCAAAAACUUUAAUGUUUGUUAAUGUAUCCCCUAGUUCGAACCAUGUGAAGGAGACGUUAAACUCUUUAAGAUUUGCUUCCAAGGUAAAUUCUACCAAAAUUAAUCAACAUUGA